AUGGUGGAUGUUCCUAAGUGGAUUAAUGGAAUUUCUUCUUUCACAGAUGAGACCAGAUAUUAUCCUGAUCUUCCAACAUCUCAGCAGGAAUCCCGCAAGCGAACCCAUCCUCUCUCACCAGACCCAAGCUCCAUGGACGGGGCGUUAACUCCAACGAAGAGGAGGCGGCAGCAUGAUGCAGAUCCAACGCCAGUGGCGACAGCUCUGAAGCAACCACCCAGAGCUCCGAGAACCAUGUCCUCCUCUCCUACAAAGUCAUCCGCGAGUAUUCGAUCUAGCUCGCAAUCAUCAUCCCGCCGCACAUUUACCUCCCUGCAGGUCUACGAAGAAGGGAUAAUCCCUCGCCAACUAAGCGGACUUCAAACUCAAAAUCUUCCGUCGUCGAUUGAAAAGGCACUACUGAGGAUCAGACAGAUCGACCGCUGCAAAGGCAUCUUGUCACCGCGGUCGGACCCGUCCAAGUUCGAGACAUUCAGACGUGGCAACGACCUUGACAUGGAUGUUUUUGCCAAGUCAGAGACCGAUGGUAGUAGGCUUACGCCUGAAGAGGCGUUGGACAUCGCAGAAGGUGCCCGUCGCUGCUUCGAGAAGAAUCAUGACGAAGACAAUUGGACGUGUGAUGUCCACCACGUGCUGUUCAAAAAAGUGUUUCGCAGGUCAAGCCCAAACGCUCAACAAAACCUUGUCGAUUUCGCUCGAUGCACAAGCGCUUACAUUAUUCGGGAAUACUUGCCGACAGCAGCACCUGAUCGACGGAUUGACAUGUGUACGUAUAUCGAUCCCUCGGCCGAACCAGAUUAUGCGACUAGAAUCGACAAAUUACGACAAACGUUGCCCGAACAAAGCAUCAAUCACUCUUCAUACAUCGCCCUGCGCAACUGCCCGACUUCCUGCAGCGUAGAGAUCAAAAGGUCUGGCAAUGAUUUUGAUGGUGCGGUUCUGCAAAUAGGCGUACGGCAGGCUGCUCAAUGGAAGAUGCUGCGGGCCCUGCUGCAGACCGCGGCACGCCAGCGCAUUUCCGCCCGUCAGGCAAUGACCAGCCAAGACGACGUGUUCGUCGAUGAUGGCGAAGAGGGGUGGUAUGUUGACGAGUCGCUUAAAAAAUUGGGAGCCCUUCCUGGCAUAUAUUCUCAGGGACAUGAAUGGUAUUACGUCGCAACGUCGCCGGAAAUAAGGGACGAACAAGGUCGGCCCUCACUGAGAACGUAUGUCACGAUGAGGUUCUCUGGAUACAACUUUGCUAUUCCCGCCGCAACUACAUGUCAGGCAAGCCGGAGAUGUCUAAUUUAUGGCGUGGCAAAGGACGCCUAUGCAUUUUCUGACUUCAAAGUCUUAGGCCUGCUCACUUAUCCGAGACAGUCUGAUGCUGCAAAACAUCGAGUCAAUCUUUUGAAUCACGCUGGGAAUAAGCUCAGAGACUUCGGCUUUGUCGAUGGAUCAGACAAUUUGGUUUCACACAAGGAGCUAUUAGGCAACCAGCGACACGGGCAGGAAAAUCUCAGAGGCGAGAUGGCUUACCAGACAACCGGGGCGGAAAGCAGAGGCAACCUCAUUGCGAAGAUGUUGCGUCUGGAGACAAUCCACUAUUUGAAUUGGUGUGGUAAUGUUGCCAUUCUUACCGGCUCAGUCAACGCUUAUGGGGUUGGGCCAUUGCAUAAUUCAAUAGCCGUACUCGGAUUCACGGCCACGAGACAGGGGAAUGGCCUUGUCUGGUCAUCACCAUUGCAACCAGCGCGGGUGCCAGCGAGACUUGCGGCGAGCCAAGGCAGCGAGUGGACUUCUCACCCUUGUUUAUGA